AUGGCUACCGCUAGCUGCCUCCCCUCCCCUUGCUUCUGCCUCCCGCCAUGUUCGGGCUCCGGACCGCGAAGGCUCAGUCCGAGGACAUGGAGUGAUAUUCACCAGACACAAAGACCCGCGCUACAGCAGGUGGAGGCGGACUCUGCAGCCGCCGCAGACUCCGAGAUGGAAGCCCUCAACUGGAAGCCCUUCAUCUACGGAGGGAUGGCCUCGAUUGUCGCAGAAUUCGGCACGUUCCCCAUCGACCUGACCAAGACCCGGCUCCAGGUCCAGGGUCAGUCCCAGUACACGGAGGUGCGCUACAGAGGCAUGUUCCACGCUCUGUUCCGGAUCGGCAAAGAGGAGGGCGUCCGGGCGCUGUACUCUGGAAUCUCUCCUGCUCUGCUGAGACAGGCCUCGUACGGGACCAUCAAGAUCGGGACCUACAACACCAUGAAGCGCUUCUUCGUCAGUCGCCCUGAAGACGAGACGAUGGUGAUAAACGUCUUCUGUGGCGUGGUGUCUGGAGUCCUGUCCUCUUCUUUAGCCAAUCCCACCGACGUCCUCAAGAUCCGGAUGCAGGCGCAGGGCAGUCUGCUGCAGGGGAGCAUGAUGUCCAACUUCAUCAACAUUUACCAAACAGAAGGAACCAAAGGCCUGUGGAGGGGUGUGAUCCCCACGGCUCAGCGAGCGGCCAUUGUUGUCGGUGUGGAACUUCCUGUUUAUGACAUCACCAAAAAACACCUUCUUCACUCCGGGGCCAUGGGAGACACCAUCCUCACGCACUUCAUCUCCAGUUUCACGUGUGGCCUGGCGGGGGCGCUGGCCUCCAACCCGGUGGACGUGGUGAGGACACGGAUGAUGAACCAGCGCGUCCUGUCUGGGGCGCCGAUGUACAAGGGCACGAUGGACGGACUGAUGCAGACCUGGAAGAACGAGGGAUUCUUCGCUCUCUACAAAGGAUUCUGGCCCAACUGGCUCCGGCUCGGCCCCUGGAACAUCAUCUUCUUCAUCACAUUUGAGCAGCUGAAGAAACUCCCUUUUUAA